AAGUAUGCACCGGGAAAAAUGAUCUGAGGGACGUCGGGACCGUCAAUCUGGGAGGCUUCAUGGAUUUUUAGAAUGGCAAAAACCGGAGUUAUUUUGAGUUGAUCAGCAAAACCUGCGAGUGCAGUGUUGUUUACGCAUCUGUGCAUUUUUUUUUCUUUAUUUUUAUUUUUUAUUUGAUUCCCAUCACAAUGUGUGAGAGAAAGCUGUGGGUCGGAUGCCAGUUUGUUGUCGUUACGGAUACAAGGACUGGCAAGUUAUCAGCAUGAAUUACCAAGGAGAGAAAAACUGAUAUCGAUGUUAAAGUCGACUCUGGAGGGAGUACCAUGGCGAAAAGGAAGGGACUGUUAUUUUCGCUGCUACACUUUAUGGCAGAGUUUUGGCUCAGUUCGCAGCAAGUCCUUAGAAUUGGGGGCAUCUUUGAGACCCUUGAGAAUGAGCCCAUCAGUGUUGAAGAACUGGCCUUUAAAUUCGCUGUAACCAACAUAAACAGGAACCGGACCUUAAUGCCAAACACCACCUUGACCUACGACAUACAGAGAAUAAACUUGUUCGACAGUUUCGAGGCCUCAAGAAGAGCCUGUGACCAGUUGGCGCUGGGUGUCGGAGCGGUGUUUGGCCCCUCUCACAGCUCCUCCGUCAGUGCAGUGCAGUCUAUUUGUAAUGCCCUGGAGGUUCCCCACAUCCAGACACGCUGGAAACACCCUUCAGUGGACAACAAAGACAGCUUCUAUAUCAACCUCUACCCCGAAUAUGCCUCCAUAAGCCGGGCUGUGCUGGACAUAGUGCAGUUCUACAAGUGGAAGACAGUCACCGUCGUGUACGAAGAUGCCACCGGGCUGAUUCGCUUGCAAGAGCUGAUCAAAGCUCCUUCCAGAUACAGCAUCAAAAUCAAGAUCCGCCAGCUGCCGACGGGAAGUAAAGACGCCCGUCCUCUGCUGAAGGAGAUGAAGAAGGGGAAGGAAUUUUACGUGAUCUUCGACUGCUCGUACCAGACGUCAGCGGAUGUUUUAAAGCAGAUCUUGUCCAUGGGGAUGAUGACUGAGUACUACCACUUCUUCUUCACCACCCUGGAUCUGUUCGCUCUCGACCUGGAGCCGUACCGCUACAGCGGGGUCAACAUGACGGGCUUCCGGCUCCUCAACAUAGACAACCCUCACGUGGCCUCGGUGGUGGAGAGGUGGGCCAUGGAGCGGAUGCAGGCGCCCUCCAAAACUGAGAACGGGAUGAUGGAAGGAAUGAUGACAACUGAAGCGGCUCUGAUGUACGACGCCGUCUACAUGGUGGCGGCCGCCUCCCAACGCGCCUCCCAGAUCACUGUCAGCUCCCUCCAGUGCCACCGACACAAGCCCUGGCGCUUCGGAUCACGCUUCAUGAACAUGUUCAAAGACGCGCAGUGGAAUGGCUUGACAGGACAAAUUAUUAUAAACAAGACAGACGGCCUUCGGAAAGAGUUUGAUCUAGAUGUCAUCAGCCUCAAGGAAGACGGCUUGGAGAAGACAAUCGCGGGCAACAGCCGCCUGAAUAAAGUGUGGAAAAAGAUCGGCGUGUGGAAUUCGCAAACAGGCCUUAAUUUGACAGAGAACAACAAGGACUCAUCCACAAAUGUGACUGAUUCAAUGGCCAACAGGACCCUCAUUGUCACGACUAUUCUGGAAAACCCUUACGUCAUGUAUAAGAAAUCUGAUAAGCCGCUGUACGGGAAUGACCGCUUCGAGGGCUACUGCCUCGACCUGCUGAAGGAGCUGUCCAACAUUUUGGGCUUCGCUUAUGAGGUGAAGCUGGUGUCUGAUGGGAAGUACGGAGCUCAGAACGACAAGGGCGAGUGGAACGGGAUGGUGCGGGAGCUGAUCGACCACGUGGCUGAUCUCGCCGUGGCCCCUCUCACCAUCACUUACGUGAGGGAGAAAGUGAUUGAUUUCUCCAAGCCCUUCAUGACGCUGGGAAUCAGCAUCCUCUACCACAAACCUAAUGGCACCAAUCCAGGGGUGUUCUCCUUCCUCAACCCGCUCUCUCCUGACAUCUGGAUGUACGUGCUGCUGGCGUGCCUCGGCGUCAGCUGCGUGCUGUUUGUCAUCGCCAGGUUCACUCCCUACGAGUGGUACAAUCCUCACCCCUGCAACCCCGACUCCGACGUGGUCGAAAACAACUUCACUCUGAUAAACAGUGUCUGGUUUGGAGUUGGAGCACUUAUGCAGCAAGGGUCAGAGCUGAUGCCGAAGGCGCUCUCCACGAGGAUCGUCGGCGGAAUAUGGUGGUUCUUUACGUUGAUCAUAAUCUCGUCAUACACUGCCAACUUGGCCGCCUUUCUCACCGUGGAGAGAAUGGACUCGCCGAUCGACUCUGCUGAUGACUUGGCCAAGCAAACCAAAAUAGAGUAUGGCGCUGUAAGAGACGGCUCCACCAUGACCUUUUUUAAGAAAUCUAAGAUCUCCACUUACGAGAAGAUGUGGGCGUUCAUGAGCAGCAGGAAAAACACGGCCCUGGUGAAAAACAACCGGGAGGGGAUUCAGAGGGUCCUCACCACAGAUUACGCCCUUCUCAUGGAGUCGACCAGCAUCGAGUACAUCAGCCAGCGCAACUGCAACCUCACGCAGAUCGGAGGCCUGAUUGAUUCAAAGGGCUACGGAGUGGGAACGCCCAUCGGAUCCCCCUACAGAGACAAGGUCACCAUUGCCAUCUUGCAGCUGCAGGAGGAGGGGAAGCUGCACAUGAUGAAGGAGAAGUGGUGGAGGGGGAACGGCUGCCCAGAGGAGGACAGCAAAGAGGCCAGCGCCCUGGGCGUGGAGAACAUCGGCGGCAUCUUCAUCGUGCUGGCGGCGGGACUUGUCCUCUCAGUUUUUGUAGCUAUCGGGGAGUUUAUUUACAAAUCCAGAAAAAACUUGGACAUUGAAGAGGUGAGUGUCGGCCAGUGUGAAUGGCACAACAAGUAUUAACACACACACUAGGUGACUCGAUCAAAGACUGUCACAAGCCUGAUCCGCAUGUAUCACUGUUGUCUGCGAGGAUGACGGCAAUCACCGGGCCAACAACAACAACAACAACAACAACAAAAAAAAAAUCUACAGCUGAAGUUUGAAUGUGAAGAACUGCAGUGUUACAAUCAAAAACAAAUUUCUUUAUUGUAGCGUGUAGUGUUUGAAGUAGUUUUGAUGUAGAGCACAUGACCAUUUUAGUCUUAAUUGGAGCAAAAAACAUUUAAGACCCUAUUUAUGACAACAGAUGGUUGUUGACUUCUGACAGCGUAACACUUGACCAUCUUGGCCUUGCUGGUUUUAUCAAUCAGAGGAUUUUUAAUGUUGUUUUAUGUGGGGGAAACAAUGUCAUUGUCAUGCCAUGAUAAGUGAGAAGUAAGUAAGCGGUAAGGUAAGUGAUGGGAGGUGAAAUGUCUUGAUAAUGUGUCCCAGCUCAACAGUGAGUACAGUAGGUGUGACAGUAUACUGUUGUAGUACGUCUGCGAUCUUCAUAUUUACAGCGCACACACGGAAACUUUGACGUAACAGCACUUCUUCUUACCACUUUUGUAUGUAUUCAUGUAUUUCAAAACGUCUUUCAAUUAAUGCAAUGAAGCUUGUUUUCAGUUUUGUUUAAUGAAUGAGCAAUCCCUCAAGAUUUUGUUCAUCGAGUUGCUUAAUGUCUAUGCUUUUUUGUUUUGUUUUGUUUUGUUUUUGUAUCAUUUGAAGUUCUUGAAGAUGCAUGUAUACGUCUCAUCACAUUGGCAUUGUGUCAGAAUGACUAAAGUUAUGUGAGAACAUUA